AUGGAAUAUGACAAAGAUAGUUGUUUAAUUCCAUUGAACAAUGUAAAUCACCGUAUCAUAUGUAUUCUUGAAGAAGUGGAAACAAAACACGGAGAUGAAGAAGAUGCAGCUAUUCGAGCUACUCUUCGGCUUCGCAAUCUACGCAUCAGAUCAUCAUCAUCAACGUCAUCAUCAUCAGUUAAUGCUACAUUCAAUACUACUAUGACCACAUUUAUGCCUGUCGCUAAAUCAUCACGAGAACGUGAUCAUUCUGGUCAUUCUACUAUAUUGACAAAAGAUCAAAAAUAA